AUGUCCAACAAUUCUGAAUACUGUCGUUUGUUAUUCACUCACCCUGGGGUUCCCAAUAACUUAGUAACUUACCUUUGUCAACUUGUGGACUAUAAUCUCUCCGGUGGUAAGCGCAUUCGUGGAGCUCUGGUGUCCGCCGCCAUGGAAAUUCAUGCUGGUCUGUUGGUUUUGGACGACAUCAUGGAUGAUUCUCCGGUACGGCGUGGUAGACCAUCUUGGUUUCAUGUGCAACGAAAAGCUGGAUACGGACUGAUAGCAGUAAAUGAUGGACUGCAUCUGAUUCUGGCCNUUCAAACGCACAAACCAAAUUUGGACACAAUCUAUGCCAAAACGGUUGAUCCAGAGGCUGCAGAUACCUUUUCAGGUCUAGACCUUGACGUGUAUACAUGGAAGCAUUUUGAAACCAUCACAAGAUGGAAAACGGGAUUUUAUACUUUCUUUCUACCAGUGGCUUGUGGUAUGGCUUUGGUAAGUUGCCUGCUUUUUUGUCAUGAAAAAAACCUUGGACUCAGUUGA